CAACAUGCCGGAGCCCGCCAAGUCUGCUCCCGCCCCGAAGAAGGGCUCCAAGAAGGCCGUGACCAAGGCGCAGAAGAAGGACGGCAAGAAGCGCAAGCGCAGCCGCAAGGAAAGCUACUCGGUGUACGUGUACAAGGUGCUGAAGCAAGUGCACCCGGACACGGGCAUCUCUUCUAAGGCCAUGGGCAUCAUGAACUCGUUCGUGAACGACAUCUUCGAGCGCAUCGCGGGCGAGGCGUCGCGCCUGGCGCAUUACAACAAGCGCUCGACCAUCACGUCCCGGGAGAUCCAGACGGCCGUGCGCCUGUUGCUUCCCGGGGAGUUGGCCAAGCACGCCGUGUCCGAGGGCACCAAGGCCGUCACCAAGUACACCAGCUCCAAGCUUCUGCAGCAACACAGGAAUAAGAGUCUCUGUCUCACUCAUCGUCUUCCUGGUCACGUAAUCUAAGUGCAAAGUUGAACUGAGCAUGCAAACUUCAGAGUUUGUUGAUUCUUCCUGAAAAGAUUGGGAUCAUCGAUGCUGGGAGAAAACAGACAAUUCAUAACUUUUAUUUAUGGCGGCUUUCCUGACUCAGGCCAUGACAAUGUCUUACACCAAGAGUUAUGACCUCAA